AUGCCGCCGCGAAGAGUCAGAGAGGAAUCUCCUCGCUCCUCAGGACCUGGAGCGUCGUCAUCUACAAACCUGACUGAGAGUCUGCGCCAGCUCACCCAGUUGACCCAGACCAUAGGAGCUGCCUUACUCAAUGGGAAUAACCGUGGCGGAUGCCCAGAGGAUCAGCGAGUAGAGGCUGUAGUAUAUUAUCUACAGGGAGAGGUUGACCAUUGGUGGGUCAUGGAAGGACCAAUUGUUCAGGCAAGAGAAGGGUUUGACUGGGGAAUGUUCAAGAUGGUGAUGAGAGAGAGAUUCUACCUAGAGCAUGUCAAGGCUGCCAAGUAUGAGGAAUUCUUGCAUCUCGAGCAAGGAAGCUUGACCGUUCAGGAGUAUCAUGCCCGCUUUGUGGCACUGUCUCGAUUUGCUCCUACCUUGGUACUUGACGAGGCGAGUAGGGCUCACAAGUUCAUCCGAGGAUUGCACUAUGAUGCUCAGAAAUCUUUCUCCGCGGCGAGAUUUGCUACUUUGAAUGAAGCUUAUGAGGCAGCUGCUGGUUACUCCAGGAUUCAACAGUUGCACCGCGAUGACAUGCAAGAAAUGAAGAAAAAGAAUGAGGGGAUGGAAUCACAGUCGAACAAGGGGCACAAGUUCAAUCCGAUGAGCAGGACUGACCAUAGAGGCGGGGAAAGGAGGAACAUGACUAUGAGACAAGGAGCUGGAGCUGGAGGACCACCGAGAGAGGGGAUUUCGGUAUGCCCGAGAUGUGGCAAGGAUCAUCCUAAGACCACUUGUGGAGGAUUGCCUAUAGUUUGCUUCCGGUGUGGGAAGCCGAGCCAUAGAGCCGCUAUUUGUCGUUCCCCGAGGACGGAGGGAUCCCAUGGUACGAUCCCGAGCUAG